ACACUCCUUUAUAUUCCGGAGCUUCGUAACAAGUUCUUUUUUGUUUCCUUAUCAGACGUGUAAGAACAUAUAACCAAUAUGAUGAAAUAUAAUGUUGUUUCGCCUUCUUGUUCCAAACUAUUUCGAUGUGUUUUGUUCCUCCCACUCUUUUUUAUCUUCUUCGUUGCCUCAGCUAGACGCUUAGAGCAAGUUCCAGAGCCGAGUCCAAGGCCAGCCCCGGUUCCACAACCGAGUCCAAAGCCGAAGCCAUCUUCAAGUCCAGGGCUAACCCCAGCUCCAGAGCCAAAGCCAUGUCCAUGUCCAAGUCCAAGUCCAGGGCCAGCUCCGACACCAGCGCCCCCUAGGACACGUAACACGACGUUUCCUGCGAUCUUUGCAUUUGGUGAUUCAAUCGUAGACACAGGAAAUAACGAUUACAUUUCAACAUUAGUCAAAGCUAAUUUUCCCCCCUAUGGCAUGAAUUUUCCACAUGGACUUCCCACCGGUAGAUUUAGCAAUGGCAAGAUUCCUGCUGAUUUUAUAGCGGAAUUUUUAGGAGUAAAACCAACUUUACCGCCAUACUUGAAGCCAGGGCUAACCCAUGAAGAUCUCGUCACUGGUGUAUCAUUUGCUUCGGGUGGUUCUGGCUUCGAUCCUUUGACACCUAUCGUUGUAAGCGCAAUACCGAUGUCAAACCAGUUGACAUAUUUUCAAGAAUAUAUAGAGAAAGUAAAAGGCUUUGUGGGAAAAGAGAAAGCUGAGCACAUAAUAUCCAAAAGUCUAGCCAUUGUGAUUGCGGGUAGCGAUGAUCUAGCUAACACAUACUAUGGUACACAUGCAGAAGAAUUAUUAUAUGACAUCGAUGCAUAUACCUCUUAUAUGGCUAGCUCUGCUUCAAGUUUCGCUAUGCAACUAUAUGAAUCUGGAGCAAGAAAGAUAGGAUUCAUUGGUGUUUCGCCAAUCGGGUGUAUACCGAUACAAAGAACCGCAAGAGGGGGACUUAAGAGAAAGUGUUUUGAUGAAAUAAACGUUGCAGCUCAGCUUUUCAAUACCAAACUCUCCAGAAGUUUGCAUUCAGUAGCCGAGACCUUGAAAAACGCCACUUUGGUGUAUAUUGAUAUCUACUCUCUCUUCGCUCAUAUGAUCCAAAACCCCAAAGAAUAUGGAUUUGAUGAGAUUGAUAGAGGAUGUUGCGGGACAGGGAUGGUCGAAUUAGGCCCGCUUUGCAACCAAUUUACAUCACUUCUUUGCAGCAAUGUAUCUUCUUAUAUGUUUUGGGACAGUUACCAUCCAACGGAAAGAGCUUAUAGAAUUUUAACCAAAAAGUUUGUAGAGACUGACAUGAGCCCUUUUUAUGACAAAUAAAUGUAGAUUUAAGAUGUGUCCGUUGAUGAUAUGAUUUGGCUAAAUAAAAGCUGUAACUCAUUUGGUUUAAUGUAUUUUUUGGAACAUUAGUUGGUAUAAUGUUUCAGUUCCUGUC